UCUUUAUCAAGGUCCCCCAAAUAAGCAGGAUGGGCAGUGGCUCUCCACAGCUGGCCUUACUCCCUCUUUCUUUCUGCUACAAAUCUUUCCCACCGACUAAUUAGAACCAGGUUGAGUGUGAGAGUUUUGGUCCUGCUGUGGCCUUUGUAAGAAGACGUCUGGAGCACCCUGAAUGAUGGCUGGGAAGCUGUGGAGCACUGUCCUCCUUUCCCUGGCUUUGUCUGGCUUCUUCUGUGAGGAGGUUACCAUAUCCAAUAGUAGUCAAGGAACUACUGGGUCUCCCAUGAUAAAUGCCACUUCAGCAGCAAAAAGUACCACUUUGAUGAGCACAGUUGCAACUGCUACCAUUAAAGACCAAAGCUCUCAGACGCCUCACAUUCGGGAAAAUAAAACAGACAGAUUAGAAAAUGUCACUGAAGUUGGACCUAAAAUAACAGCAGGCACAACUGAGCCAUCAACAAAGAUUCCUAUGACUUCGGCAUUCAGCAUGGGUCCAGCAAUUUUAGACCAGAGUUCUCAGAGCCCUGAUAACCAGACAAAUACAACAGUCAGAUUAGAAAAAGCACCUGAAGCUGGACCUAAAAACAAUUCAAUAUUAACUAAUCAGGAAAAACAAGAUGACACAUCUUAUAGUGGUAUAAUUUUGCCAGUGGUCAUUGCCCUAAUUGUAAUAAGUGUCAUCGUAUUCCUUUUAAUGGCUUUGUACCGAAUGUGCUUGAAGACAACGCCAGAGAGGCAAGAGAAUGGAACUGAACAAGCCCCAUCGGAUAAAGAGAAUGUGAAACUCAUUUCUGUUAAGACAACUUCUUCAGACUCAGGCAUGUUCAGUUUCUUGACCCUUUCCUCCUAUGACUUGCCUUUAGGCAUGUCAUUACCUUUGGAAUCCUUCAAACCAAUCAGAGCAGACUUCUCAGGGAAGGAACAAAACUCGGCAACAUAACGAUUCCUCCUCAUGCCAAGGCAACAAAUGUAUGUGAAGAAUUCCUGUUUCAUUCUAGAAACCAUUGAACAAAGUUGGAUUUUUUUGAUGUGAAUCAAGAGCAUCUAUGCAUCACUGAAAAAACUAUUCAUUUCAUUUCUCUGUAAUUUUGCCAUGUUGUCAUGUUUUUUAUAUGCCUGUUGUUUAUUUCUAAAAAGACUUUUGUAGUUUUUCUCUCUUUUUCAGUCCAUUGCUCUACAAGACCUAUUUAUUGCUUUCCAUGUAUGUAAGGCAGAGAAAAAUUGCAUAUUAUAAAAAUAUAUAAAAUGCACUUGACAUUUGCCAAUUCUGAUACUGUAGUUUUGUACAUAAAAUAUAUUCUGCUUGUAAAUAUAAUUCUUUAUGUGCUUUCAAUAAUUACCACAAUAUUAAAUAUUAUAUAUUUUGACCAUAUCUGUUUACAAUAAAAACAAGAUACUAACUUGAGUCUUUCCUUCUGUAAAUACAGUAGAUUUCUUGCCUCCCAUUUCAAUGCAAAGCAAAGAUUCAAGUUACUGUAUCCAUAAGUGACUAAUCCCCUUAUUAAGACAAAAACUGGUACAAAAAUGUCAACCACAUUUAGGUCUUUCAGAAGUCUUUCUCAAGCAAAAUGUUACAAAAACCAAGCAAUGGGAAAGAAGCAAGACACUCUAAAGCAGGGGUCUUCGAACUUGGCCCUUUUAUGAAUUGUUGACUUCAACUCCCAGAAAUCCUCAGCUAGGCAUGCUGGCUGAGGAAUUCAGAGAGUUGAAGUCCACAAGUCAUAAAAGGACCAAGUUUGAAGACCCCUGCUCUAAAGCUUCUUCCAUCAAGAAGAUCAGAAUUUGUCUCCAUGGGGUUUCCAAUUCAGAUUUGAACUUAAGAUUGGAGGUGUAGACAGAACCUAUUUGCAAGCGCAGGUGCAAUAUAUUCAGAGUUUCAGCUACUAUCCUAGGACAUCUUUUGGUUUCCUUACUUGUUCUCUGCUUCUUGUAACAUCUUAGCUUGAUGCAGAUUUCUGCAACUUCUUUUGCAUCGUUUGAUAAUUACCAAAGUAUUAUUACCAUAAUGUGGAUUCCUGUUUUUUUCCUGAUAGGCCAACUAUGUCUUUUAAACCACUAUAUGUAGCUUGUUUGUGCAAUGGUGGGAGAACAUUUUUAAAAGGCAAACAUCAUUGCAAUGCAGCCUGAACUUAGGGAAGGAAGGAGGAAUGUAUAGUAUGUAUAUAUUAACACUCUUUAAUAAAAUACAUGGGAAUCUCUUGCACUGGAUUUCUACUUCAAAUGGCAGCUCUGGAGACUAUUUCUUUUACGAAUUUCCAAUAUUCCUUAAUUCCAAACAUUCAAAAAGGGGGAAUAAUAAUUUCAGAAUAAUGAAAAUCAUGAUACCAUCUUCUGCUAAUGUGACUGCAUUGCACAAUCCCAAUGUUCAGGAAAGAGUCUAGAAACCAUCACCCUGUCAAUCUUUAUCAAGCAUUUUUCCCUGGAGAAUUAUCUUCUCUUUUUAAGAGAAACAAAUCCUACAUCUGGUCAGAAGCUGUGUUUGCUGUAGAAAUGUAAUAAGCAAAUGAUUAUGUCAAAAUUCCUUUUCUGGGUGCUUUUAUUAAGGAUGCAAAAGUAUAACUUGGCAGGAAGAAAAAGAAUGUGUAUUUCUGUGAUAUUUUAUCAAAACAGAUGUUUGUGCUUAAUUAACACAGGAGUAAGACACAAAUAAACAAGCUGCUGAAAGCUGUGGCAGAC